AGGAAUUAAGUGAUAAAAACAAACAAGCUGCUUUACAGAAUAUUUACCCUCACCAUAUGGGUUGCUCCGGAUAUGCACUUUCCAUACCGAAAUGGAAAGAUCAUGGAUUACUAGAUCAGUUUUUGACUAAGUCUGAAGUGGAUUCCACAAAAUCUAGCGUAUCUUCUGAUGACAUUCCGAGACAUGUGAGUUGGUUUUGUGCUAGAUCUGGAUUGACAGCAGAUGGACAACUAGCUUUCCCGAGUAACACCGAAGCCAUGAAAAAGAAGAAAGAAAAACUUGAUAAAAUUCAAGAUGAUGUUGCUACAGGGACGUGGAAGCCACACAGACGAUAUGAUAUUCUUACCGAGAUAUUUGAGAAUCCUGAUUAUCCUGGACGUGUACGCGGUGUUGGAGGAGGUGUGGGGAAAGAUACAGGAUCAGUGGAUGAACGAUAUGGAAAAAGCUUUUGCUCAAAGAGGAUUCCAAUCUACCACAUUUCCAUCUACGCAUUCUCAAACAGUAGAUGCAGACACUAUGAACUCCACCGCACCUAUUCCACGAUUUUUUGUUGUUGACGGUUCAUCCUGUAAGCUAGCUGUUGAGUCACAAGCAGAAGAUGGACACAAAGAUUUGAAAUAUGUAGCAAUGGCUUUGGCUUAUAAUAACGCCCUGGGGGCCAUGAUACAUAAUAUUCCGAUGUCUGCUAAUACCAUUAAAGUUAACAUAUCUAUGAUUUAUACAGGUUUUGAGCAAUGUCCUCUUUUAGUUCCAAAUGAAAUUGCUGAGAUAUAUGUGUUGACAGACGCUAUAGGAUCAUUUGUUGAGUGGCCUAGUCAUUUAGUUUUUUUGAAGGAGAGAGCAUACAGAGUUGCUUCCGCAAGAAAUGGUGAUGGAAAGCCAAUCACAUGGCAUAAUGUUAAGUAUGCCAGACAAAACGGAAACACAGAAUGCGGAUAUUAUACCAUGCGAUACAUAUGGGAAGUGAUUUCGUAUGUUGAUAGCUUUGAUAUUGGAAAGGAUUGGUUUUCAAGAACUGAGGCAUAUUCUGAAGAUGAGUUUAAUAACAUUCGCAAUAUAUGGGCACGAUUUUUCUUGGAUGUACUCUUAAAUAUGUAAAAGUUGUUUACAUUGAUUAUAUAUGUCGGAAUUUUUAUAUUAGCAAUUACGACAUGCUUAUGUUGGUUAUGUAUUGUGUUAAGUGUUUUUUGAAAUCAUUUUGAUGAAGUUUUUUGUAAUCUAUGUUGGUUACUUGUUUACACUUUGCUG